ACAGAGGUAUCUAAAGAUUAGUUUAACUUUAGUACUAUUUGUUAUCCUCAGAAAAUUCAAAAACUAGAACGAAAAUGGGUAUGAAUAUAUGCUGUAAAUUAUGUUCAAUCGUGCAAAUCUUCUCCAUAUCGUUAAGCUUCACAGAAGUCUACAAUACAUUGAACCUGGGAACAACCAUUGUACAAAUGAAAAGUAUGGAGUUACAGGAGUUUCUCAGAACCCCAACAGUUACAGGAUCUGUGGGCACUAUUCUGAAAUUAAUCAUACUAUUCACACUGAUACUAAAACAUUGCAUCAAAGAUAAAUUCUGUGAAUGUGACGUGGAAUGCUGUGGAGUUCACUUGUUCUGUAAUUGCAUUGCAGCAGAAAUUCUGACAGUGAUACUGGAUCUAUUUUACACAUGGACACAAGGAGGAUGUGAUACAAUCUAUUAUUCAAUGGGGCUAUCAUUCUUCAUUAUUCCUAUAGCUUUCAUCGCAAGAUUAUGUUCUUCUUGUUGCUGUAGUGGCAAUUCAGCCAAAUACUAAACACAGCAAAAGGCUUGAAGACUAUUGCUUAGACAUGCUUAUGCUAACAAGCAAAAGAAAUGUGAUUUCUUAUUUGAAAUAAGACAUUUGAAUUUUUUGUCAUAUGAAAGGGAUUGUCUGUUGAAAGUUUUUUUUAAGAUUUCAUGUGAUAGUAUCUCUAUUAGCUCAAAUCCUGCAUAAUAUAGAUAGUAAUAAAUAUAGUGACUAGUGAGUAUGAUUAUUAUGGUUGCACGGUUGUGGUGGCCUAGUGUUGAAAGAGUUAAACUAAAAUAGGUUGGGUAAACGACAUUUAAUCGAAUCGGAUAAUUUGAGUAUUCUUAACGAAUACGGAAUGUUUUUAAUAUACGAAGGAAGCCAUAACAGUAACACUGAAGUACAAUAUUCCCUUUGGAAAUUAACAAAGACUGAAAAGUCGGUAACAAUACACACAAUUUUACUGGUUAUUUUUGUUAUAAUCUAUGUUUUUUGUCACUGCGAUCGUUUCAGCCGCAGACAUCAAAUGUUGGUAGCCAUAUUUCUGCCCAAUCUCUUUUUAAUUCUUACGCAAAAGCAUACGUCGAAGAUUGUUUUUUAUAU